GUAUCGGGGGGGUAUUGCACGUAUUUGGGGUCUCUUUGCCUCCUGAGGUUUUUCUCUCUGUCCGCAGUCCUGCCGCCCGAUCUGCAGUAUCUGCCGGAGGACAAAGAGCGGGAGCCGGACCCCGAUAUACGGAAGAUGCUGAUAGAAUGCCUGCAGCUGCUCUGCGCUACCCCAGAUGGGCGUCGUAUCCUUAAAGAUCGGGGAACGUAUCUGAUCCUGAGAUCGCUGGAUUCCUGGGAGGCGGAGCCUGAUGUGAAGAGAUCCUGCGAGAAGGUCAUCCAGAUCCUGAUCGGCGAUGAGCCCGAGCGUGGAUUACAAAACCUGUUAGAAGUUCAGGUGCCCCCGGAGCUGGAGGAACAGCUGCAGCGGCUGGAUGAGGAAGAGGAGCGAGCGCAGCAGGAAGAGGCGGCCAAGUGAGUCCUCAGCAUCUCGCCCUGCCGGCAGGUCUUCUGAAGGACAUCACCAGAUCUGAAGCCCCAUUCCAUCGUGUGUGAAACUCCUGCUCUGGCCUCCGUCACACGAGGGGUGUUCAGUCCGGGGCCACACUCCGGGCGAUGGCCGCGAUUCCCAGAAUGAACGCUGCUCCUUAUGAUUUAUGAUGCUGUGAGUUCCUGCCGACAGCGGGUCUACUGUCCGGUGGUCAGUAGACUGACAUAUGACCGAGUGCGGCGUCCGCUCGGCUUCUGACACAUUCACGUUUCCCCAUGAAUCAGUAGUGCUUACCCGAGUAAUACAUUAUAUCAUCUAUCCUGCUGACA